AUCAGAACAACAAAGCACAUCAGAUCUUCUAUGCAAUCACUUCGCACAACCAUCUCACGCUUUCCACGACAACUCAACCGUAUCGCGAAACCAACUGCUACUCGACACUUCACAACCACACCAGCAAAAAUGUCUCUCUUCCCACGAUUCACUCAGGAGUUCGCUCCCAUCUUCCGCCUGUUCGACGAAUACGAUCGCCAGGCCUUCCGCAACCUCGACCGCGAGUUCCAAAACGUCCGGUCCUUCACUCCCAAGUUCGACGUCAAGGAGACAAAGGAGAGCUACGAACUCCAUGGAGAGCUCCCCGGUGUUCAGCAGAAGAAUAUCAACAUUGAAUGGACCGACAACAACACCUUGACCAUUUCCGGUCGUCACGAACAUGUCCGCGAAGAAGGCCAGCGCCCACAGGGCUUCAUCGAGAACGGCGAGAACGCGGACCAGAAGAAGAUUGGUCACCAGCCUACCGUGGAGGAUGAUCCUUCCGAGUCCAACACCAAGGUCGCAAAGCAGUCCGACAAGAAGGAGGUUUCCAAGCAGGAUGAGUCUGGUAAGGCGAAGUACUGGGUUAGCGAGCGCUCCGUUGGAGAGUUCCACCGCUCUUUCGCCUUCCCUGCCCGUGUCGACCAGGACGCUGUCAAGGCCAGUUUGAAGGACGGUAUCCUCAGCAUUGUCGUCCCCAAGGCUCAGGCUCCUCAGACUCGUAAGAUCAACAUCGAGUAAGCAAGUCCUACCGAUAAACUUGCUAUGGAUAGUAUUGGAGGGCCCCCACCAAGACGACUCCCUAUUCACGACUCACGACUUUCACUCCUUACUAUCAAGCGUGGCAUUGGGACGGUGUUUAUCAAGGUAAUAUUGGGUAUUUGAUUGGGUUAUUUGAUAGCAUUAUUGACUCUCCUUGAAUGUGUAUCGAUCAUCGUGAGGGAAGGUGCUGUAUCUAGUUUCAAAUGCAUCAGUCAUGACAACAA